AUGGGUAUCUCGCGCGACUCCCGCCACAAGCGCUCCGCCUCCGGUGCCAAGCGCGCCUUCUACCGGAAGAAGCGCGCUUUCGAAGCUGGUCGCCAGGGCGCCAAUACCCGUAUUGGCGCCAAGCGCAUCCACACUGUUCGCACCCGCGGCGGCAACCACAAGUACCGCGCCCUCCGCCUCGACUCGGGCAACUUCGCCUGGGCCUCCGAGGGCUGCACGCGCAAGACCCGUGUCAUUGCCGUCGCCUACCACCCUUCCAACAACGAGCUUGUCCGAACCAACACCCUGACCCGCAGCGCCGUCGUCCAAGUCGACGCCGCUCCCUUCCGUCAGUGGUUCGAGGCCCACUACGGCCAGAGCAUCGGCCGCAGACGUCAAAAGGCCCAGGCUGUCAAGGAGGGCAAGGUCGAGGAGGAGGUCAAGAAGAGCAAGUCGGUCGAGAAAAAACAGGCUGCCAGACACGCCGCUUCGGGCAAGGUCGACGCCGCCCUCGAGAAACAAUUCGAGGCCGGUCGUCUGUUCGCCAUCAUCGCCAGCCGUCCCGGCCAGUCGGGCCGCUGCGAUGGCUACAUCCUGGAGGGCGAGGAACUUGCAUUCUACCAGCGCAAGCUGCACAAGUAA